AUGACUUCAGUAUCCUUAUCACCAAAUGUCCUCAAAAACCUGGAGUCCUCCCACCUCCAAGACCGUAUCAUCGGCACCAUCUUCGGCUCAGCUCUAGGAGACGCAAUCGGCCUCUACACAGAGUUUCUCUCUGCUGAACUGUCAGCUAAAGCCUACCCUGAUCGCACCUUUACUCUACUCCCUGCUGAGAAAGCCACGCCGUUUCGUCGCGACCAUCACAGGAAUUUCCAUCGUCCAGGAGAGUGGACAGACGAUACAGAUCAUGCUGUAUUGAUUCUGCUUUCGUACCUCCACAGCGACGGGGCGAAGCUCGAUCCUCAAGACUUUGCCUCCAGGCUUUCCGUUUGGGUGCGCAUGGGGCUGAGAGCUCUUGAUACUCUUCCCCUUGGCCUGGGACGCACUGUUGGGGGUAUUGUCAGAAGCAAAUCCUACCUCGAUGAUCCAGAAGGGACAGCACGAAAGUUCUGGGUUACGGGUAAUUACAACGCCGCGCCUAAUGGGAGUCUAAUGAGGACGCAUCCUUUGGGACUGAUGUGUCUGAACAAAUCGGUUGAGGAAACUUUUCAGAUCGCUGCUGACUUUUCUGUGGUUACUCACGUCGAUCCGAGAUGUGUGGUUUCUUGCGCGAUUGGCACUGCUCUUGUUAGGGGGCUUGUAUUGGGCGAGAUAUACGAAGAACAACAUGUUGAUGGGUUGAUUGAAACUGGCCUGGCAUGGUAUAACGACCUUCGGGAACAGGAACUCCAAGAUCCCGAUAGGAAGGACGAACCGUGCUUAGAUGUUGCUGAGUUCAAGCAACAUGCUACAGCACAAACGCUAGCAGACCUCAAGCUGGAUGAGAGUUAUAAGAUCGGUUAUGUCUACAAGACCUUUGGGUCUGGCAUCCUUCUUCUUCGGCUCGCACUACGCCAACUUAAGUCUUCAAGCAACCUAUCUUCACAACAUGCCAUCUUCGAAAAGCUAAUCACCGAUCUUACUAUGGAGGGCGGCGACGCAGACACCAACGCUUGCUUCGCUGGUGCUCUCCUCGGGGCCCUUCUUGGCUACAAGACCCUACCGGCACAUUGGCGCGAUGGCCUUAGACAUGGUGCAUGGUUGAUGGAGAAGUCAGAAGGAUUAUGCGACACGCUGGGUGUGACGAAGGGUUCAUAUGAGGGUUCGAAGGACAAAGAUACGGCCGAGGACGGUGGAAGAGGGUUCUUGACGGAUGCGCAGAUGGAGGAGAAGUGUAUGAGGAUGCAGGCUUGGAUGGCGCAGGAGGAGACGGAAUGGAAGAAGAAGCAGGAGCCCGAGAAGAAAAAGAGUCAUUGGUUCGAUUGGAAGUGA